CAAAAGCAAAAGCGAAAGGACUCAUGUCCGAUGAAGAAGGCGAGUCGUCCAUUGACAAGUGGACCGUGGAGUUGCGGGGGAACCCAGCGAGCGUUCCCGCGUUGCAGUCACGAGGUGCCACGUAUAUGCAGCUUGGCCAGCCUGUGAAUGCUGAACGAGACGCCCGAGCUUGGCUUGCGUUGCAGCCAAAAUCGGCUCGGGCGUUCGGUUUGCUUGGGGAAGCACUCUUGCGUCAAUCACGAAACGACGAAGCAGUGAAAGCAUACAAGCAAGGCGUGGCACUGGAUGCAAACGACGUAGCCUUACAGGACGGUUUGCAUCGUGCGAGGGUAGCCGUAUUGGACGAACUCGUCGCGGACGAGUCCGUUCCAGCGUUCGUGCCGAUGGUGGUCCCUGUGACGAUGGUGGGCGCCCAGCCUCCAGCGACUGUAGUGCCGCUGCACACAUCCUCAACUUCUGCGACGGCAGUAUCACCUAGCGACCAUUCUACAUUCACUCACCGUCAAAAUGCAGCACAAGUAGUCACAACCUCCCACAAUGACCUGCCAUCCACCAUGUCUCCGGCUGACCUCAUGGCAACCCUGCUGCUUGAAAUCUUCAAUAACCUGCAUAUGUCGAGUCCCCAGCUCUCGUACAGUGCCAUCUUGGUCGCGCUUGGCGUCGUGACGUGGUGCCUUCAACGCAUUCGUACGCUCUCCGUGGUGGCGGCGGUGGCCCUCCUAUUGACAGCGCUGCGACCUUGUCGACACUACCUCCUCCAUAUAUGCACACGCCCAUUCAAGUGGUGGCUCGCCAAGUCCUCCGACAAGCUGUACCACAUGACCCUACUUCCGUGUGUUCUCGCGACGUUGCCUAUGCUGCUUCGCCUCAUUGGCCUGCUCAACCUGUUUGCAUUCAUCCACCAAGACCAGUGGCUAGCGUGUGGCGUCACGCUAUACCUCGCCACGACCUUAUUCGUUACACAGGACCACCCAAAACUCGUCAAAGCGGGGCUCCAUAUUGUGCUCGUGUUGUACUGGGUAGUGCACUUAGGCCACGUCCACGACAUCUUUCGGUUCGUACCCCCCAUUGCGUUUGAACUCGCGGGGUAUUUGCUGGGAUCGAUUCCCCCCCGAGCUAUUCAAGACGCCAUCAAGGCUGCGCUGGCCAGCCAGUUGAAGGGGGUCGCGUCGAGCCAGCUGCAUCUGUGGGGUGUGGUAGCCUUGGGCCAUUGGGCUAUUGACUUUUGGAAUCAACCGAGUACGUUGAGCGUCGACGAUAUCCUGACGACGUUUCAAUCGCUCCAAGGAUCAGCUGUCCAGCUGUUCCAAGCCGAAAUUCGCGCCCACCGACGACGACAGAGGCAGGUUGGUGGCUCGUUCGUCGACCUAGACGAUGAGUAUGCUGUCCUGGUGGCGUACGUGGCCAAGACUGUGCGGAACCUGCCGCCGUCGUGGCCGGUCGCCACUGUCGUGAUGCUGGUGCAGCGAUGUGUGCAUAUGGUGGCAUGCGCGAUGCUGUUUAUGUUGUUUGGUGGCACGUUUGGUUUCGCGCUAAUACCACUGAUGGUGUUGGAAGUGAACGCGUUUAGCCAGAUUUGUCAAGUUGUGUGGGAAGAGGGAAGGACGACGGAGCAUCCGUCAAGGGAUUCGCUGGACGUGAUUUGCAUGACGUCGCCGCCGGUGCUCGCGGUGUGGUCCAACUUGAAAGCCGGAGUAGUCGGCUUGGAGUGCAGUGUCGUGGCGUCCAAAGUGGCAACUGCGACAACGUCAGCGGCGUUGCUGGCCUCGAGACUCGGGCACGUUCUAAACGUACCAUGGGAGGAGGAUCGUAUAGUUCUGUACCUUUGUGGAUCUUUGAAGCUGCUGGCGUGGAGCUGUGGUUGAUCGAUAUAGAACCGACUGAUUGGAUGAUUUUGGUGUAGUGGGUUGGCGGCGGCGGUGGCGGCGGUGCGGCGCGAAGGACUGACGCCACACGUCGGCAGUUUGGUUGAUGGAGCCAUGUCCUUGUACGAGUCACGGCACUUGGUGCGUCCCAUGCUGCAUGCCUGGACUGGCGUGCUGGAAUUUUGGCAGCGGCGGCGCUAAGACUGAUUUUCUGUAUAACCAGAUCUAGCUACAGAGCUUUCCUAGUUACAGUGCUUACAGUUAAUGUUAAACUACGCUUCCGAAAGCAUCA